AUGGCCGGCCGCAUUCAUAGAGUGACUAUGUUCAAGGUCCCUGAGCCUGAGGAUCAGAAGAAGUUGAUUGAAGCAUACAAAACCCUCAACAAGUCCCAGCAAAAGAAUGGCAAGCCGUAUAUCUUGUCGCUGAACGCAGGCAUUGCCAUGGACGAUGCUCGCUCGCAGGGGUUCACAGUGGUCAGUAAGACAGAUUUUGCCAGUCUAGAUGACAUGAAGUACUACGACGACAAGUGCGAGGCGCACGCGGCGCUCAAGGCUUUUGCGAAGGGGAACCUGAAGAUUCAAGGUGGUCCGUCAGGAGUCUUGACUGUUUAUUUCGAGCCAACAGCUACAGGCUCUACUUGA